GCAGGAAAAAAGAAAAGAAAAUACUCAUUCAUUGUUAUGUUAUCAAAAAAAAUCAAUCUCAAGUACAAAAAUUUACAGUCGUGAUAAAAAAAAGCAUAAAAAUUUCUUGUUAUUGAAUGAAAAAAUAAAAUCAUCACAGACGUGUUAAUUGUCCAUCAAGCAAAAAAAAAAAUGCAAAGUGAAUGUCAUAAAACAAAAAAUGAUAAAUUCUGUGUGUGAAUGAAUGAAUGACGCACAAAACAGGCAUUUUUCCAUCAUCUCCGCGAAGACGACGAGUAAUGAUAUUUAAUUAGUUUAGAAAAAAAAAAAAUUAAAACACCAAAAAAAAAGUAAAAAAAAUUUUUUUGAUAAAUAAUCGAAAAUAAAUCAUCUCGAGUUACAAUAAAAGCAACAACAACAACAAAAAAAAUAAAUAAAUUAUUGCGUGUGAAAAGAUACAGGAAGGAAAAAGGCAAGAAAGGGAAGAAGUAUGGCUGAUGACGAAAAAGAAUUCGGCGAAGAUAACAAGUUAGCGCUACGCAAUCGUGGCAGAAAAGGUGCACUGAAGAAGAAAAAUGUGUACAAUAUUAAGGAUCAUCGAUUUAUCCCGCGAUUCUUCAAACAGCCGACUUUCUGUUCGCAUUGCAAGGAUUUCAUCUGGGGCUUUGGCAAACAAGGAUUCCAAUGUCAAGUAUGCUCGUUCGUGGUGCAUAAACGAUGUCACGAAUACGUAACAUUCAAGUGCCCUGGUGCUGAUAAGGGAGCGGACUCUGAUGAUACCCGAACAAAGCACGAUUUCAAAUUAUGGACCUACUCUUCCCCCACAUUUUGUGAUCAUUGUGGUUCCCUCCUUUACGGAUUGUUGCACCAAGGGCUAAGAUGUUCAGCAUGUGACAUGAACGUACACAAGCGAUGUGAGGAAAGUGUGCCAAACUUGUGUGGAUGCGAUCACACCGAACGCCGAGGACGAAUUCAACUAGCAAUAUCAUGUCAUGCUAAUAAGUUAACUAUUGAAGUGAAACAGGGCCGAAACUUGAUACCGAUGGAUCCGAAUGGCUCGAGUGAUCCGUAUGUGAAGGUAAAGCUCAUUCCAGACUCGGAUAAUGUGAAGAAGAAAACGAAGACGAUUCGGGCGAAUUUGAAUCCAACGUGGGAUGAAACUUUAACUUUUGAUUUAAAACCCGAAGACAAAGAUCGUCGUAUCCUGAUUGAAGUUUGGGAUUGGGAUCGUACCUCCCGCAACGACUUCAUGGGCUCGUUGUCCUUUGGCAUAUCAGAAAUACUUAAAAAUCCUGUCGAUGGUUGGUUUAAGCUUUUAACUCAAGAAGAGGGCGAAUUCUAUAACGUUCCCGUACCAGAAGAGGGAGCCGAUUUGGCAGCACUCAAAAGUCAAAUGCGAAAGACAUCAAUUUCGAAGAAAAUUCCCGUGACAUCAGACAAAGAUGUGCCCCACAACAUGAACCGGAAAGAUGUCAUUCGUGCGUCAGAUUUUAAUCUCAUUAUGGUGUUGGGCAAGGGAUCUUUCGGCAAGGUUAUGCUCGCCGAGCGUAAAGGCACUGACGAAUUGUAUGCAAUAAAAAUCUUGAAAAAGGACAUCAUUAUACAGGAUGACGAUGUCGAGUGCACCAUGGUGGAAAAACGUGUGCUCGCACUGUCGGAGAAGCCACCCUUUUUAGUACAAUUACAUUCGUGUUUUCAAACAAUGGAUCGCUUAUUCUUUGUCAUGGAAUAUGUCAACGGCGGUGAUUUAAUGUUCCAGAUUCAGCAGUGUGGAAAGUUUAAGGAACCGGUAGCUGUUUUCUACGCUGCCGAGAUCGCAAUAGGAUUAUUUUACUUACAUUCUCGUGGCAUAAUUUACCGUGACCUAAAACUGGAUAAUGUGCUUUUGGACCAAGACGGUCACAUCAAGAUUGCGGAUUUUGGCAUGUGCAAGGAGAACAUAACGGGUGAAAAGACAACCAAAACUUUCUGCGGCACUCCGGACUACAUUGCGCCCGAGAUUAUUCUGUAUCAACCGUACGGAAAAUCUGUCGAUUGGUGGGCUUAUGGCGUUUUGUUGUACGAAAUGCUCGUUGGACAACCGCCUUUCGAUGGCGAGGAUGAGGAGGAAUUGUUUGCUGCUAUCACGGACCAUAACGUGUCAUAUCCCAAAAAUUUGAGUAAAGAAUCAAAGGAUGUCUGCAAGGGGCUCUUGACCAAAAAUCCCCAAAAACGCUUGGGUUGUGGACAACGCGGCGAAGAAGAUGUUCGAGCUCACGCUUUCUUCCGUCGCAUUGACUGGGACAAAAUUGAAAACAGAGAGGUUCAGCCGCCAUUCAAGCCGAAAAUCAAACAUCGCAAGGACGUAUCCAACUUCGACAGACAAUUCACAUCGGAGAAAACCGAAUUGACUCCAACCGACAAACUCUUCAUGAUGAAUCUCGAUCAAGCGGAAUUCAAUGGAUUCUCCUACUUGAACCCCGAAUUUGUGCAACAUAUUUAAACAUAAAAACAAACAAAAGAAGAAAAAACACUCAUUGUCAUCUAGAAGAAGUAUACAUAUAAAAAAUAUUUGAUAAACAGGGAUUUCGAAAAUAAAAUCAGAUAAAAAGUGAAAAAAUAUUAUAAAAAAAACUUCCAUGAAUUCAAUAAAUUUAUUAUAUAUAUAAUAAUGAUAACAAGUAUUAACUAUAAAUAACUUUUUAUUAUAUUCACAUACACACUCCUU